AUGGCAUGUACAGAAAACGUUUUUGCUGUCACUACGAUUGCUUGUAGUCGUUUUGAAAAAAUUGAAAUGCUAACAUAUGACAUUAAAGCUGUUUAUGUUGAUCACUUUACAACAUUCUUAUCACAACAACGCAUGAAUAAACUUUCCAGAAUUGAACAAGUAAUCGAUAUUGUCAGUUUAUUGAAGAGUCAAUUUCUAGCCUUUCGAAUGAUUAAGCUUUAA